AUGUUUAACUGGGUGGUGAAAGUGGUCCCCCAACCCCCUGAAGUUCCCGGGACAGAAGAAGAUGGCCAGGCCCCUGCUGCUGACCUCUCCAAAAACAAAGGAGCGAAGAAUCCUGCACUGAAAAACACAGAGGAGGGUUCAGACGACAGCCAGGGCCAGGCUGGAGUAAUAGGUUGGCUGUCUAAUGGGUUCGUCAAUGCCCUGCCACAGCCCUCUGGCACCCCUGGACUCAGAAGAUCCAACUCUGAGGCCAACCCCGGAGAGGAUGGAGAAAGGUCUGGCGUGAUAGGCUGGGUCGCUCAGAAUCUGACCAAGGUGCUGCCUCAGCCUGAUGACAAGUACAGAGAGACUAACGACGAAAAUGAGGAACACACUGAGAUUUAUGAUGUAGCAGCAAUGCCAGAUUAUGAUCCCCUCCCUCACAUCCCGGUGGUGGAGAUGGUGUCAGAGGACGAGGUGUCAGAGGUAGAGACUCCGACCCCUCAGUUCCCUCCCAAUGUGGUGAACUGGAUAAAGCAAAUAAUCCCUCAACCAGUUAUACUGCCCCCUGGUGCCGUACCAAUGGAACAACAGACCAAGUCCUCCCGCUCCUCUCUGGACAAAAUGUUUCGUCUGUUUCUCUUCCCUGCAGUACUGUCUCCGCCACCUGAAUCUCUCAGUGGAAUCUCACUGGAUACUGAUAGUAAAGCCUCAGGUGUGGUUGGCUGGUUCGUGUCAGGAUUGGGCUUGAAAAUACCUCAGCCCGCCAUUCAACCCAGAAAUGAUGACGGUACAGCUGAAGUUCUACAAAAAGCUUCAUCCAAACUCAAACCUGACAUGGUACUAGAAGACGUGGAGUCAGACAACGAGGGGCAGCAGAAAUGUGACUAUCAGUCCGAAGCACCAUCCACGUCUUGGGCUCCACCGUCACCUGCAGCACACCAGCAACAGGAAGUGACACAGCAGACACAGACCAAUUCACUGCAAGUAGCAUCCAUGCAGUCUCAAGAACCAGUAACAUUAGAGAGCACGACAAAAAUAUCUCAGGAAGAUGCUGAGACCCAGACGGGCCGCUGGACGCCGUUUAUUGAAAGCAUCAAGAGGGAGGCUGAAGACGUGGCUUUGGCCACCAUGGAGGAACGCCUGCUGCAGGAGCGUCUGGAGAUGGCACGUAUGGCUGAGGAGGUGGCCAGGCAGACAGCUGAGAUGGCCAUUAGACAGAUGGCCAUUGAGGGACAGUCCCUCAAACUCUCACUGGGGAGUCAAGAACUGCUGGAGGAGCCUGAAGAAGAGCUGCCGGUGUCACAAGAGGAGAGCGAGGUGGAGUUCAGCAAAGUCACAGGAAAAGAGGAGAGCGUUUCUGAGGAGGAACAGAAGGAAGAGACUGAGGAACCCACCGUUAGCGAACCAGAGCCACAGGAGGAAGCAGAGCCACGGCAGACAUCCCCUUCUCCACCUCCAAGUCCUGAACCAGUGAAGACCUCUGAGCCGGAUCCAGAGUCGGAGCCAGAGUCGGAGCCGGAGCCGGAGCCAGAGCCAGAGCCAGAGUCAGAGUCGGAGCCGGAGCCAGAGGAGGUGGACCCCGAACAACAACCAGAGACCCAGGAAGCCAAAUCCGAAGCUGAGCCUGUAACUCAGCAGCCACAGAAAGCAAAGGAAGACAGUCAAGGCGCCAACAGUGACAAGACUGGUGAAAAAGAGGAGGAAGCUACUGGGGAGGACUGUGGUGCUCCAGUCAGCUGUGAUGCAUUUAAGAGCUGCCUGAUGCGCAUUCCUCACACCUCCGAGUGCCUCGGAAACAUCAACGCGUUCUUCAAAGAGAACGGCAUCUCCCCUCCCAAAUUACCCUCCAUGCCUAAGCUACCCACCCAGCUCUCUGACGUUACCAAGCACAUACCCUCCCUACCACCUGAACUACGCCAAGAGCUCUCUAAUAUCAGACUCACGCAGGUUCCCCGAAAUAUUGCCCAGACUCUGACUGAGCUUUUGCCCAGAGGCUCUGACGGUUCAGUCAGCCCGAGCCUGUCCAGCCUCUCUCAGAGCUUUUCAAACAUCCCGCAGAAGCUCUCCCAGUUUCCCAGCCGAACGCAGCAGUACUUCCUCAACGUCCAGAACCGCCUCAACAGCCUUAUGCCUCAGAUGCCUAAGAAACAACAACAACAGCAAAAACAGAAGCAAGACAAGAAUCAGCAAGACUUAGAACUCAACCAGCUUGUCCGACACUCCCCUCUCCCUCCUCCUCACCAUCCUCAGCUCCGGUCCCGCUCCCCGUCUCCAUCCUCCCCCAAUGGUAGCACCCUCGAGUUACCCAAUGUGCCGUCCUACCCUCGCCUACCACCAAUUGUCAGCCCCCCAUCUAAGCAGCUCAACUCCCCAUCCCGCCAGCUUUCGGGUCUCUCUAAUCCGGCGUUCUUCAUUGAAGAUGACUCAGACAUUUCAGCAAUAAGACCUGCAGAGAGCUCAAGCCUCAGCCUCCGUCCAGCCGUCAAUGUAGAGGAUGUCGACUCAGACAAUGAGAGAGCAGGGGAAGGAGGAGCAGAAGGAGGAGGAGGAGGAGGAGGAGGGGAGGAGGAACAAAGUACAAUCCCCCAAAUCCUUACCCCCCAGGACCCCAAACUAACAACCCUCACUGUCCCUGUGACCCCUACAGGAGGUCGUCAGAGUAAAGGAGACAAAGAUAGGAGGCUGCAGUCUCAAAGUGAGGAUGAUGAUGAUGAAGCAAGCAUCCCUGUCAGAGCCUGGCCCAGCCAGUCUAGCCUCCACAACACAGAUGACGUUUUGAGAGAACGUCCAGCAUCUUCAGCCAGUCAGACCAGCACAGUGGUCAAUGAGCGUCUGCAGGAGCUGGUCAGGAUGUUUAAAGAGAGAACAGAGAAGGCCAAGGAGAAACUCAUAGACCCUGACAGCUCUGAUGAAGACAGCGUCAUCCACUCUCCUCCUCAGGCACCUGCUCCUGGAGCUCAGCCAAUGGAUGGGCAAGAGAAGGAGGCACAGGCAGGUCCAUCAGGAAGAGCAGGAGGAUUAGACGGAGGGGAAGAGAGUGAGGCAGAGGAGAAGUCUAGCCGCUGCUGCAAGGUGAAAGUUCCUCGGUGGAUAAGAGCCUGUAUGCACUACCGCUUCCCUGCCAGCAUCGACCCUUUCACCAACCUAAUGUAUGUGCUGUGGAUGUUUUUGGUCUCUUUGGCGUGGAACUGGAACGCAUGGUUCAUCCCAGUACGCUGGGCCUUCCCCUACCAGACUCCUGACAAUAUUUAUUACUGGCUGCUGACUGACUACCUGUGUGACCUUAUUUACAUCCUGGACCUGACCAUCUUCCAGCCGCGCCUGCAGUUUGUCCGCGGGGGGGACAUAGUGUGUGACAAAAAAGAGAUGAGAAAGAAUUACAUGAAAACCAAACGCUUCAAAUUUGAUGUAGCCAGUCUUGUUCCCCUGGAGUUCUUCUAUUUCAAAACUGGCAUCAACCCUAUGCUCCGCUUACCCAGGCUGCUGAAGAUCAACUCCUUCUUCGAGUUCAACGAGCGUCUAGAGGCCAUCUUGACCAAAGCCUACAUCUACAGGGUGAUCCGUACCACCACCUACCUGCUUUACUGUCUCCACUGUAAUGCCUGUCUCUACUACUGGGGCUCUGCCUUCAUAGGACUGGGGUCCACCAAGUGGGUGUACAAUGGCAAGGGCAACAGUUACAUCCGUUGUUACUACUUUGCGGUGAAGACCCUGAUCACCAUUGGGGGUCUACCAGAUCCCACCACCCUGUUUGAGAUAGUCUUCCAACUCAUCAACUACUUUGUUGGAGUCUUUGCCUUCUCUAUCAUGAUUGGGCAGAUGCGAGAUGUUGUAGGGGCAGCCACAGCAGGUCAGACUUACUACCGCACCUGUGUGGACAACACUAUUAAAUAUAUGUCCUCAUAUCACAUCCCCAAAGAUGUCCAGAACCGUGUCAAAACGUGGUACAACUACACUUGGCAAUCACAAGGCAUGCUGGAUGAGCAGGAGCUGCUGACUCAGUUACCAGAUAAGAUGCGUCUAGACAUUGCUAUAGACGUCAAUUACUCCAUCGUCAGCAAAGUCCCUCUUUUCCAGGGUUGUGACAGACAGAUGAUCUUUGACAUGCUAAAAAGCCUACGCUCUGUUGUCUACCUGCCAGGAGACUAUGUCUGCAAAAAGGGUGAGGUUGGUCGGGAGAUGUAUAUCAUAAAGGCGGGGGAGGUGCAGGUGGUUGGAGGACCGGAUGGAAAGACGGUUUUCGUCACUCUCAGAGCAGGUUCAGUCUUUGGAGAGAUCAGUUUGCUCUCAGUUGGCGGCGGUAACAGACGCACAGCGAAUGUGAUUGCUCAUGGCUUUGCCAAUCUCUUCAUCCUGGACAAGAAAGACCUGAAUGAGAUCCUAGUCCACUACCCUGAGUCCAAGAAACUGCUCCGCAAGAAGGCCAGAAAAAUGCUCACCAAGGGAAAGAAACCUGAGCCCAAAGAAGAGGCUAAGGAACAACCCCUGUUUCAGGCGGCUCCUGUCAAGCAAGAGACCCCCAAACUGCUGAGAGCGGCCCUGGAGAUGAAAGAGAGAUCCUCUGGACUUAAAGGAGGUCUAGCUAAAGUCAAACAGAAGACCAACAAGUCCAGUAUCUCAUUGCAGCCAUCCAUCUCCUCCCUCCCUCCUCCAUCUCCUGCCUCCAGCUCCGCACCUGACAGAGAAGAGGACACGCCAUCACCCAUCUCAGCCAGCUCCACUAUGUUUCGCUCCGCUUCCCGUUGCCGCAACAACAACAACAACUCUGCGAUGCCUCACUCUGCAUCACAAUGCCACAGCGACACAGACGAAAUGCUUGCCGUGGAUCAAAGGGAGGAGGAUGACAGUGAAGAGGAGGAGAAAGAGGGUGGGAAGAAGAAAGAAAAGAAGUUGUGAUGAUUCUUGAAAUGUCAAGGCAAGGAGAGUGGGUGGAGAAAAUAGGGAGUAAAGAAAGAGGGGUGAGGAAAUAAACUUUGAGGACUUGUGUCUCUGCACUUGAAUGUGGAAAAGAGGGAGAUAAAAAGAGGAAGAAAUGAGGCAUAAAGAGAAAAAAAUGGCAGUGUGAGGACUGGAUGAUAAUUCCUAAGAGGGGAGGCAGAUAAAUUAGAGUAAACAAUAUGGAAUAAAGAAACAGCAGAGGAAUAAACCAUGCUGAGUCUAUCUGCUAAAAAAGAACAGAAUGAUGGAAUAAAAGACAAAGGAGGUUUUGUAAAUGAACAUGUACAAAAAUGUCCUAUUGUUAGCCUGAUCACCUAAAUUUGUGUGGGACAGCUUACAGUAAUUGCAAAAUAUCAAAGUAGUACUGUAUUCCAUUCUGACCCAUGAUGCAUUUACCCAUUUUUCACAUUACAGCCUUAAAGAUCACUAUGGAAGGUAUGCCAUGCAGUUGCAAUUUACCGAUGAACUCUGAAAGCUGCAGGAAGUCAUCUUUUGUGUCAAAUAUGAUUUACAUAACACACACUUUUGCAGGAUGAGCCGUAUCUUAAAUUACAACUACUGCACCUUGUGGGCGUCCAUGUUUUCUCCCUGGUUUUUCAAGCAUGACUACAGUAAAGUAUAGAGGUCAUGAUUUCAUUAUCCCACCGCUUUGCAUUCUCCUUUUAACCUCAACGCAUCUUUAUUAAUGUCAUUAUUAGCUCAACUAACAUGGGAACAAGCCAUUUCUCAUCUGGUUACCUCUUCAGGAUUUAAAUUCACUUUGUUACUGUCUGCUUGAAUCUGAACUCAGUAUAGCUACUGUAUGAUGAGUGAAUUCGGCAUUGGAUGGCAUAGCUAAGCCAUAACAGGUAACUCAGAUAAGUAAUUUCUACACAACUGAACUUCCUGUCUUUGUCUUGUCUAUGUUUUUGCUGUUGUUGAAUACUGAAUGUUUACAGAUUCUUUUGUAAACUUGAAAGUACAGUUUGCCUUACGUUUUUGUCAUUUACUUUUGUGUUGUGUUGGUGUGUGUAGCUUGCACUGCUUCUACAUGUUUGUCUAAAAAAAUUGUAUGGACCUAGUAAAGCUGUAUUUAAGGUUAUACAGUAUAUGAAUAUAAACAAUAUUGUCAUCUAUGUUGUCAUCGUAAGGUGUGUUACAAAUAUAUGUGUGGCAGGUCAAUGUUAGGUCAUCCAAGGUUACCUGAUAUAGAUUUUUAGUCCAUCUUUGACUGUCAUAACUUGAAGCAUAGCAAGCUUGAACAUCAUUUAGCCUCUUAUUACCUCAACUCUGGGUUUUACAUGAUAAUGCAUAUAUCUCAUCUCAAAGCAAUCAAUAUAUCACUAAUCACUAAACAUAAAAAUAUAGCCAUCAAUACGUCGACUACCAUUGUUUUACACAUUUUACAAGUACAGUAAAUAUAUUUAUAUUCUUUUAUGUUUGUUUUGCACAAUAAUGUAAAUACAUUUGUUUUUUUGGAAUUUAGAUUAAUCCAUUUUCAUUUUCUCAGCAAUGUAAAAUCCCUGUACCGCUCUGCAGUGUCAUGACAUGUACAUUCAUUUUAGAAAUGCUUAAUGUUUAAUUUGUGCUGUGAUUGUGUUUAACUCAGUAUUGAUGUGAGAAUUGUCUUUUAUGUAUAGAUGAUUUAAUAAUUAAUACAGCCACAGAAGAUGUGCUCUUUAACCAGCUAACCAAACUGCCAGACAAUCUGUAGAAAGAAAUGUCAAUGUUGUUUCUCCUGUAUGUGUGUGUGUGUGUGUGUGUGUGUGUGUGUGUGUGUGUGUGUGUGUGUGUGUGUGUGUGUGGAGUGAGUUGAGAGAUGAUUGUACAUAAUGGACUCUAAAUAAAUGUGUUUGUAUAAUAAUGCCCUUAAACUCA